AUGAGUUUCCGUGUGAAUCUCAGCGGGGCAUCGAUCCUCGUUAUUCUCCUUGUAACAUCCGCCAAAGUUUCGAGUCGUUCUCAUUUCCCCACGAGUAGUAAUUUUGGAGUCGAAGAACCACUUCAUUUGACGCCCCUUCUCGAGGCCGGACAGGCCGCCUCCGCAAGGGACGCGGCCAAAGUUACUCAUCGAGACUUUAACUUUGAAAGUUACGCCGGUUACUUUACGGUCAACAAGAGCUUCGAUUCCAAUUUGUUCUUCUGGCACAUCGCUGCUGAGGAGAAUCCGAAAAGCGCUCCGGUAAUCCUGUACCUCCAGGGUAGUCUGGGCGUCAGUUCCAUGCUCAGUUUAUUCACGGAGAACGGUCCAAUAUACAUAGAUGAGGAUGACGCCUCCGUAAAUAUUCGGCGGUUGUCCUGGCACAAAACGUAUCACGUUAUUUACAUAGACAGCCCGGUCGGUUCCGGUUUCAGUUACACUAAUUCCGAGGAGGGUUAUUCGACGAACGACGAUCAAGUCGCCGCCAACUUACGCGAAGCUUUGAUUCAAUUUUUCCAACUGAAUCCCCAGCUCCGGGACAACGAUUUCUUCUUGGCCGGCAGCAAUUACGCCGGUAAAUUUAUUCCAGCCCUCGGCCACGCGAUUCACUUGUACAACGCGAAUGCGAAGUCUUCGAGCGCCAUCAAUUUGAAGGGAAUUUUCAUCUUCAAUGGUUACGUAGAUCCGGUUAACCAACUCGUUUACAGUAAGCCACUGUUGGAUGAACAGCUCAUCGAAGUCGAGUGCAAAUCCGAUUUUCUCGAGAUGGAGAAAGACGUCAGAGCUUUCAUAAACGCGAAUAAACAUCUUCAGGCUUACAAAGCCACCGAAGCGUUUCAAGCCAAGCACAGCUGCUCCUGGGGAGACGAUCUCCUCCUUAAUUUCCCCUUCAACGUCCUAGUGAGCAACGGAUUAUCGGAUAACGAGAAUUUAUUCAAGUUCUUGCAACGCCGCGACAUCCAACACAGCCUUCACGUCGGCAAUCGUGCAUUCACCGCAGUUUCUAAACCAGUAAGGAACCACCUCGAGGCCGACAUAACCCGGUCCCAGGCCCAAACACUCGCUACCCUCCUCAAUUACUAUCGAGUUCUCAUCGUUUCCUCUUACGGUGACACUUAUUGCUUACCUGAAAACAUCGAAAAUUAUCUUUCCAAAUUGACUUGGUCUCGCGCUAGCGAAUACAAAAAUUCUCCAAUUCAAGAAUCCGAGAACUAUAUCGAAGGAAAAGAAAGACUGAAAAGAGGCGGCAAUUUAGCUUACCUUUGGAUCGAGGAGUCUGAUCAUUGGAUCACAGAUCAGAAUUCAGAUAAAGUUUUAAUUGUCUUGAAAAAAUGGACCAAGGAUAGCUUUAAGAAAUAA